UCAUGUCUCAUGCUAAUGUUUAAUUUUAGUUUGUUCUUUCAGCUUGCAAACAUAAUAUGGGGUGAGGCAGGUGAGAAUGAUGAUCAUAUUGUGCCUUAUCCUGAGGCAAGUGAUGAUUAUUGCAACAAGAAGGAAUGGAGUCAAGAAUCUCAUACCAUCAAGCCUACUGAACAGAAGACCCCUGGGCCCAAAAUUGACUUGCAUAGCAGUUCCAACUUUGACAUCAUUGAAGGAAUUUCAACCUCUGAAUUUGGAACGGACUCGUGGCCUGAUUUAUCUUUAUCCGAUGUUGCCAAAACUGAACAGCAUUGCAUAGGAAGAUAUGGCAAUGAUGACUCUAUAUUUGGCCAUGCAAGUCUUGGUAACACUGACGAGCUAUGGUCUUCUUCUAGAGAUGCAACUACAAGUCCAAUCAAAGCCUUUCCUGUAUCUUCAGACUCACCAAGUUUCACAUCAGGAGCACUAAGCAAUGCAUCUGAGAAAUUGGAAAUUAAAACAGAAUAUGCCCAGAAAGAUGACGAGUCAAUCACCCCUGGCUAUGGAAAGACGAAUUAUUCUGCAUCUCAUGGUCUGCAGAAUGCACUUGAUCAUGUAGAAUAUGCUGGAGGUAAAAGUAAGCCCAUGGCAAAGGAACAGACAGAUUUGGACAUGGGAAAAAGCACUCUGACAAAUUCUUACUUGAUUGCUGAGAAUUCUUCUACCCCAAAUGAAAUAGCUAAUAAGGUUUCUAGACAUAGAAAAAUUAUGAAGGGUCGCAGAAAGUUGGAGGAGAAAAGCGAGGAGAAAUCAUUGCAAGAUUUUUAUGGCACAUGGCCUUCAUCAAGAACCCCUUCCGGACAUUCUGAGAACCAAUUGGCACACUUCAUGCUACAAUCUUCUCCUUCGUCAGAGCUCAGCCAGAAGAGACAGCUUCAAGGACCUGAGUCUUUUCCAUACCAACAUAUCUCAAACCAAUAUGUGGCCCAGUCUAUGUAUGGGAACCUCACUAAUCUAAACCAUGCUACAUAUGUGCCGUCUCACAUUCAGCCUGGGGAGUUGAAGCAUAAACAUUGUUUUUCUAGUUAUGAAGUUUCUCCUGGGAGUGCAAAGGCUAUAAACAAGUCAGCAGAUACUUCUGUGAAGCCUCUGACCAUGACUCCUCAAGAAAAAAUUGAAAAGUUAAGGAGGCGGCAGCAACUACAGGCAAUGCUUGCCAUUCAGAAACAACAGCAACAAUUUAGUCAUCAAAUCUGUAGUACCAAUCAUUCUACCACUCAAAAAUGUCCUCGAGAAAACAAAAUUCAGCAUUUUGAGAAAGCUGAUCUGGAAGUUGAAGGCUUUAGCACUCUUCCUUCUCUGGACCGAAACUCAUCUGCAGAACAAGAUGAUUCCAGUAUGGUUUCUGCAGCAAUUGAUGAUCACUCAACGGAGGAUACAAUACUUUACAGGCUUCAAUAUAUUAUAUCAAAGUUGGACAUCAAAAUAAGACUUUGCAUACGGGAUAGCUUGUUCCGGUUGGCUGAAAGUGCAAUGCAAAGGCAUUAUGUUAUUGAUACUAGCAGUUCAAACAAAACUAGCAAGGAUGAGGAUGAAGUCGUUGCAAAGGAGGACACCAAUAGUCAUAACAGGCAUGGUAGGAUGCUAGAUGUCGAAACAGAGACCAAUCCCAUAGAUCGAAUCGUGGCCCAUUUGCUCUUCCAUAGGCAUUUGGAUUUAUCAGAGAAACAUUCUGACGCACCUGAAUCACCUGUUUCUUCUAAGUUGACAUGUGAACACAAAGCAGGUUUAGUGAACGUGUCAAAUGAAUGCUUGCCAGACAGUUUGAAGAACAAACAAUGCUUUCCUCGUGAAGGAUCUACAAAUUAUUGCCCAUUGGGUGGUCCGACACAUGGUGGAGCUAUGAAGGCUGAAGCCUCUCUGUGAACAAAUAUGUGUCACAUAAUUUGAUAAGGCCAACCACGAUCUUCAUCAAGUGUGGUCAUGGAGCUUCCGGCAACACUAUCGAUGGGGAGUAUCCUAUAAUUGAAUACGCUUCAUAAAAAGAUUGCAUGUUUCAAGACAAUGUUCAGUAUAAGUAGUUAUGCAUGUGUCAACUGUCAUAAGAUUGGCUAAAGUGCCUCUUUAAACAUAAACGAGGCCAUACCUUGCUACCUGUGUGAGUAAGAUUUGCUAUGUAUGAAGAGUUGGAGCUGCAUAUUUAGCUAGUA